AUGAAAUCGCAACUCAGCCAGGACAGCGACGGCUCCCUUGGUCUGGGUUUAUCGGACUUCGUCGUCGACGAUGCAUAUAAAGAUCAUACAACUGAAAACAACGCUGCGACAGCAACACCGCCUGUGCCGUUAUCUGGUCCCCAAAGCUCCGAGUUGCUCCAUCCUGCCACACAUGCAGAGCACCGCGACAUGAUGCGGGGCUCAGCAGUCAGGCAUGCGGGCGGUCCUCCGACACCGGUCUCCCACACGGCAAACACGCCCCCCUGGCAGCCCACGGAUGCUACACCACUGAAGCACCCGGGGGCACCGAAUGAUGCAGCGUACGGGCUUCCCAGUGCGCCUGGCCUCUACCAGCCCGGCCGCGAGGAACACGAGGGCCAGCGCUUACCCAGAGCCCCUAGAGCCAGCAGCAGCACGCCGCACCGCCAAGCCAUUGUGACCGCACCACCGCAGUCCACUCAGCGUGCGUCCUCCGGGCUGUUCAGCCACCUGAGGAGCCUGGGCGACUACAUCCUGCCGGGGGCCGCCGCCUGGAGAGCGGCCCUGCGGGUGUCGCGAGCAGCGGCGGCAGGUCCGGGGACCCCAGCACCCCACAUGGUCCCACGGAAUCCGGGCAGGACAGGGCGGCCCCGGCAUUGCUGGCUGGUGGUGGAGGCGGCGGUGCGAGUGGCGUUGGUCGGAGCAUAUCCGCGGAUGCCAGGGCCCCCAGUGCGCCUUCAGGCGGUGCUGCAGCUGCAGCUACGCCACGGCUUCAGGCUUAUCCCGGUGGCGGUUUGGGAGGGGCCCCGGGGAGCGGCACGAGGGCGGAACCCGCCGUCCCGUUCCGGUGGAGGGGACAGCGCCCUUGCUUAUGAGGCGGGAGGGGGGGGGUCUAUGUCUAUGCCCAUGUCACCAGGUGAGAUGCGGCAGCUGCAGCAAGCUGAGGCGGAGGGGGUGGAAGCGGUGUUGAGGGUCAUGUCAGUGAGGGUGGCCGCCCUUCAGGGGCUCUUCAGGGAAUACUUGCUGACCAGUGAUAACUUCAGUAGCCUUGGCGGGACGUGGCCAGCUAUGUUGCGAGACGGGUUACUAGCUUUCAAGUGGUGA